AUGGGUAAGAGCGCUGGUCUGCGUUCCGGUACGCGUUAUGCCUUCUCACGGAACUUCCGUGAGAAGGGCAUGAUCCGCCUGUCCACGUACCUUCGGCAGUACAAGGUCGGCGACAUUGUUGACCUGAAGACGAACGGUGCCGUGCAGAAGGGUAUGCCGCACAAGGUCUACCACGGCAAGACGGGCGUCAUCUACAACGUCGCCAAGAACGCCGUCGGUGUCAUCAUCUACAAGAAGGUCAAGCACCGGUACAUCGAGAAGCGCCUGAACGUCCGCAUCGAGCACGUCUCUCCGUCGCGGUCCCGCGAGGACUUUUUGCGCCGCGUCAAGACCAACGCCGCCCUGAAGCAGAAGGCCAAGGCCGAGGGCACCCCCGUCCAGCUGAAGCGCCAGCCCGUCCUGCCGCGGGAAGCCCGCACAAUUUCCCUCGACGACAACGCCCCGGAGACCGUCACCCCCAUCCCGUACGACACUGCUAUCUAA